AGUUGCCCGGACUGCAGUCGACCGAUCCAUCAGCACGAUUCCCGCUCCGUUUACCUAUUAAGGAAAAGAUCCAUCAUGUCUGAGGCCACCAAUGGACACAGUGAGGUGCCAGCCAGCAACCUGCCCAAAUGGCUGGCCAACAUUACUCUGGAGAAGGCGGUUACAGCCCAGAUCGGUGACUUUGAGAAAAUCAUUUCGGUUACUCCCAAAAGUGGCAGCAGCGAAGGUGAAAACUACUCUUCCCAGUUCCUCCGAUUGCUGGUUGAAGUAGAGCUGCUCGAUCACAGCACUAAGAGCCUUUCCUUCGUCCUGAAAGCUCAACACAACAACGAGGUAAUGGCCGCCAUUCUGGCGAGGUUGAAGCUUUUCUAUAAGGAGGAACAGAUGUACCACAACAUUAUUCCCAAGUUCGAGAAGCUUUACGCAGAUGCCGGAAAACCUAUUCAGUUUGCUCCUCAUGCUUUCAAGGUUGAUCGUGACCUGGGAGAGGAAUACAUUCUGCUGGAGGAUCUGCACCGCAAGAACUUCAAGAACGCCAAUCGUUUGGCCGGUCUGGACCAAGAUCAUGUACAGAAGGUCCUCGAGAAGUUGGCCGCUUUCCAUGCAGCAUCUGCCUGCUAUGUAGAGCACUACGGUCUCUUUGGCGAGGAGUUCACUGUGGGAGUUUUCAGCGAGGCUAACCGCCAGUUACUAACCGAAUUCAAUGCCUCUGGUGCCUUUUUGGCCCAACUUAAGAAGUGGAAAAAUGCUCAGAAAAUCUAUGAGAAGUUGGCUGAUAGCGAUGACUACUUGGUGGAUCGUCUGCUGCAGGAUCAGCAGUACAAUGCCAGGCAAUUCAAUGUGCUCAAUCACGGAGAUUGUUGGGCCAAUAACAUUAUGUUCCAGCACGAUGCUUUUGGAGCUAUCAAAGAGACUCUCUUCGUAGACUUUCAAGUGGGAAAGUACGGAAGUCCGGCCAAUGACCUGUACUACUUCAUCUUGUCAUCGGCUGCCCCUGAGUUAAAAGUAGCCAAGUUCGACUACUUUGUUCGUUACUACUUCGAACAUCUUAUCGAGAAUCUGAAGCUGCUGCAGUACCACCGACCACUGCCCAAGUUGGCCAACCUACAUGCCUCUCUAUUCCGCAAUGGAUUGUCAGCUUAUAUGGUGGUAUCCAAAGUACUACCCGUGGUCAUGCUGGACAAGACAAACAACGCCAAUCUGGAGAGCUACAUGAGUGACGAGUCCAAAAUGAAGAACUCCAUGUUCACCAACCCGAAAUAUGUCCAGGUGAUGACAGAGGUGCUGCCAUGGUUGGAUAACCGCGGCCUGCUCGACUGGAAGUGAUUACCAACCAAAUGUCGUGUUCUAAUGAUGGAUUCGUGCUAUAAUAAUGCUUAUUUAAUUGCAUCAUCAAAAAAUUGCGUUGUCAGUCAAAUAUAUUACUAACUAUAUUCAAAAUAA